UAAAAACAAAAACCCAAGUGCCUAGGCUAGUCCAACACCGCAUCACUCACUCUCUCAAACACUCUUCUUCUUCAACUCAAACACCUCUCUCUCUCUCUCUCUCCGAUCCCUUCCAAAAUGGCCAAAGAUCCAGUUCGCGUCCUCGUCACUGGUGCUGCAGGGCAAAUUGGGUAUGCUCUUGUACCUAUGAUUGCUAGGGGAGUCAUGCUGGGUCCUGAUCAGCCUGUCAUUCUCCACAUGCUUGACAUUCCUCCAGCAGCAGAGUCAUUGAACGGGGUUAAAAUGGAGUUGGUCGAUGCUGCAUUCCCUCUUCUUAAAGGUGUUGUUGCUACAACUGAUGUGGUUGAGGCAUGCACUGGGGUCAAUAUUGCUGUGAUGGUUGGUGGAUUCCCAAGAAAAGAAGGUAUGGAGAGGAAAGAUGUGAUGACCAAAAAUGUCUCUAUUUACAAGUCCCAGGCUUCUGCCCUUGAAAAGCAUGCUGCUGCUAACUGCAAGGUUUUGGUUGUUGCUAAUCCAGCAAAUACCAAUGCAUUGAUCUUGAAGGAGUUUGCUCCAUCUAUUCCUGAGAGAAACAUCUCUUGUUUGACUAGACUGGAUCACAACAGGGCUCUAGGCCAAAUUUCUGAAAGACUAAGUGUUCCAGUUUCUGAUGUAAAGAAUGUCAUCAUCUGGGGUAACCACUCAUCAACUCAGUAUCCUGAUGUCAACCACGCAACUGUGAAAACCCCAGCUGGGGAGAAGCCUGUCCGUGAACUUGUUUCUGACGAUACCUGGUUGAAUGGGGAAUUCAUAACUACUGUUCAACAACGUGGUGCUGCAAUUAUUAAAGCUAGGAAGCUUUCAAGUGCACUAUCUGCUGCUAGUGGUGCUUGUGACCACAUCCGAGACUGGGUUCUUGGAACUCCUGAGGGCACCUGGGUUUCAAUGGGAGUAUACUCUGAUGGUUCUUACAAUGUACCAGCUGGACUGAUCUAUUCAUUCCCUGUGACCUGUGCCAAUGGAGAAUGGAAAAUAGUUCAAGGACUUUCAAUUGAUGAGUUUUCAAGGAAAAAGUUGGACUUAACAGCAGAAGAGCUUACCGAGGAAAAGGCUUUGGCUUACUCAUGCCUCUCUUAGAUUGCUUGGUUUUGUCUACUGCCAUUUGCUGGUUCCCACCUUUUCUCUGCAGAAGUAGCUUCAAUUUUGAAUAAUGCUCCUUCUAGUUUUAAAGGAACUAUCAGUUUUGAGUCUGCUUUGAUUCAGAACAACUUGUAUUUCAACAUCUAAUCCUCUUGGGAUGAUAUUUGAGCUCACGAAUUUUAGUCGUGAUUACAUAAUUGUGGGCCACAUACUAAAUUGGAUUAGGACUAAUUUUACAUGCAUUGAUGCCCGUUCUUCAGGGCUUGAACUCUGUUUGUGGUGGCUAUACAGGAAUUUGGAUGUUUGUGGGAAUGAUGCACAAGCGUGCAUACAUUGUGAUUGAGUAUUAUGCAUUUGAAUAAGGUCAUCAUUAAUGCUUUUUAA